GCUGCUGCUGCUGCCUACUGCCCGGGCUGGCUGCUGGCCGCUGGGCCCGGGGAUGACGCCACCUCUCGCUCCGCCCCGGCGCAAACUCGUUCCCUGCGUUCAUUUCAUUCCUGCUCUCAUUCCGAACAUUCUUCGCAUCUCUGUCAGUGCGCGAAGCGAUUCACCUACACCUUUCCUGGCUGGCCCAGAAACACUAGAAUAACUUGACAUAGUAUUCAAAAUACCCACUAACAUCACAUUAGCAAAAGAAAGGGACAUUUGUAAAUGAGAUAUCAAUAACGAGUUGGCUCGGCCGGGAGUUGUGAGAGCAUUUUCGGACCACCUCGGAGAAAGAAAGAAACACGGCGGGGAGACUUGUUGCUUCAGCUCGGCUGACGGCGCUGUUUUAAAAUCGCCAUCGAAGUUUUACCCUGUUUGGGAAUUCCAGGUCUCUCCCUAGUCUGCUCCAGGCUUCAGCUUGGAGAACCCAACCGCCAAGAUUGAUCCGAGCAGCUGGAGUGGCAGCGAGAGCCCUGCCGAGGACAUGGAACGGAUGAGCGACUCGGCGGACAAGCCUGUGGACAACGAUGCCGAAGGGGUCUGGAGUCCUGACAUAGAGCAGAGCUUCCAGGAAGCCCUGGCCAUCUAUCCUCCAUGUGGUCGCAGGAAGAUCAUCCUGUCAGAUGAAGGAAAGAUGUAUGGUCGAAACGAGCUGAUAGCCAGAUACAUCAAGCUUCGGACUGGAAAGACAAGAACUCGUAAGCAGGUGUCUAGUCACAUACAGGUCUUAGCAAGAAAGAAAGUUCGAGAAAUCCAAGCUGCCAUUAAGGUACGUCUGGCUUUGCCCAGUUGCAGGGGGCUUUUCAUUGCCAUGGUUACAGGCUCUUCCUUUGUUUUCCUCCCCUCCCCUACCCCGCAGGUGUCUAGUCACAUUCAGGUUCUUGCCAGAAGAAAAUCUCGUGAGUUUCAUUCCAAGCUAAAGGUUACGAGCAUGGACCAAGCCGUGAAGGACAAAGCCCUCCAGAGCAUGGCCUCCAUGUCCUCGGCUCAGAUCGUCUCUGCCACGGCGAUUCACAACAAACUUGGCCUGCCAGGCAUCCCUCGGCCUGCCUUUCCAGGAGCAGGGUUAUGGCAGGGUAUGAUAUCAGCUGGGCAGCCGGGAUCCUCACAAGAUAUUAAGCCUUUUACCCAGCAACCAUAUCCAAUCCAGCCAGCAGUCACAACAGCCAUUUCAAGUUAUGAAUCUGCCACUGUUCCAGCUCCCACAGCUCCAGCGUGGCAGGGCCGCUCCAUCGGCACAUCCAAACUCCGGCUAGUGGAGUUCUCCGCCUUCUUAGAGCAACAGAGAGACCAAGACUCGUACAACAAGCACCUGUUCGUGCACAUCGGACAGACAAAUCAUUCCUACAGUGACGCCUUGCUUGAGUCGGUGGACAUUCGUCAGAUUUACGAUAAAUUCCCUGAAAAGAAAGGAGGAUUGAAGGAGUUGUAUGGAAAAGGUCCUCAGAAUUCCUUUUUUCUCAUCAAAUUUUGGGCUGAUCUAAACUGUAACAUUCAAGAUGAUACUGGAUCAUUUUAUGGGGUGACCAGCCAGUAUGAAAGUUCAGAGAACAUAUCCAUAACAUGUUCAACAAAGGUUUGCUCCUUUGGAAAGCAGGUUGUUGAGAAAGUAGAGACUGAAUAUGGGCAGUUUGAGAAUGGACGCUUUGUCUACCGGAUAAGCAGGUCUCCGAUGUGUGAAUACAUGAUCAACUUCAUCCACAAGCUAAAACAUCUCCCAGAGAAAUACAUGAUGAACAGUGUCCUGGAAAACUUCACCAUCUUAUUGGUGGUGUCAAAUAGGGAGACCCAGGAGACGUUGCUAUGUAUGGCUUGCGUGUUUGAAGUGUCAAACAGCGAGCACGGAGCCCAGCAUCAUAUCUACAGACUGGUAAAGGAAUGAAGGCUCUCUCCGUUUUAUACGUUUCUUUCUUCAUAGACGUAUCAACCUCAAAACAAGUGGCAGUGCCUCUGCAUGGAAGUCAGCCUUUCAAUGCUCUUUGUUUGAGGGAAGAGGUAAAGUCGGUUUGUCAUAAGUUUGUUGUAUUUGUUGUCGACCGCAGCUGUGAAAUAUGGUGCAGUUGUUUUAUGUUUUAAUGGGAGCUUAAUGGGAACUUUCAUUUUUAAAUGUGUUUAGUUGGUUGUUCCAAAAUAAUCAAGAUUUAUUUGUUAAAUGGAAAUAUAUGUGUUGUCUUUUUCUGCUUUGUUAUGUAGACUAAGGGGGGGGGGAGAACUUGCAGCCUGUGAUGGUCUGUACAGUUUGUGUUGAGGAUGUUUUGUAAAUCUGUGCUUCAUAAUUUGUCAAGAGAACAUAAUGUAGAAAAUCAUGUUUUCACAGCAAAAUAGACUUCCCAAAGAAACACAACUAACACUCCAAAUAUAUCAACACAGUGGCUGACAACAUAUGGUUGUAAAAAUGUGUAUAUAUCCCUAAAGCACUGCAGAUCUCAAAACACCAACAAGAAAAUACACUGUGAAAUUGCAAAAAUAUAUCUAGCGUGCUUACAGUGUCUUACAAAAGUGUUUAUCUCUCUUGAACUUUUUUUACAUUUUGUUACAAAUAAAACUACCAACUUCAACAACAUAAGUUAGUGCAUAGCUGUGUAGUUUAAGAAAAAAAGGAUACUUUGUUUUAAAACUGGUUUACAAUCUGAAAAGUGUGUCUUGCACUUGAUUUCUCUCAUGAGUCAAAACGUUUUGAAAUGCCUUUCAGUGCAAAUACAGCUGCAACUCUUUUGGGGAUUGGAUGGACUAUUUUCCAAGUCUUUCCACACAGUUUCUGUAGUUUCUACAUCUUAAAUUUGACUGGGCCAUUUAUUCGGACAUUUGUUUGCUUUAUACAAUUUGAAUUCUGGCUGUAGGUUUAGUGUCGUCAUCCUGCUGGACUGCAACCCAGUCUCAAGUCUUUUGAAGCCUUCAGCAGGUUUUGUCGCCCGUUUAGCCCCAUCCAAUCCUCCCAUCAGUUUUCACCAGCUUCCCUUUUCCUACUGAAGAAAAUCAUCUCCACAUCAUGAUACUCCCACCAGCGUGAUGACAGCAGGAUGUGGCUUGUCAUUUUGCUACUUAGCCAAAAAGGUUUAAUUCUGGUCACAUGGGAUCAGAGUCCCUUCUUGCACAUGUUUGCUAUGUCCCCUAAAACUUUGUUGGAUCCUUUAGACAAGACUUGUUAUAAGAGUCUUUCAGUAUUGCCUUUCUUCUUGGCGGUUUUCUAUAAAAGGAAAAUUUGCAGAUUUUCUGUCAAUAGAUUAUUUUAUUUCUUUGAGCAAUGCUUUCCUUUAAAUGGCUGACUGUUCAGGUGGACAGCCAUGUCUUUGCAGGUUUGCUGUGCUCUACCAUGCUCUCUUUUUACUCAGAUUAAAUAACACACUAAUGAGGUGAAUUCUGAAGGAAACAGAUUUCACUGUUUUCAUAAAAAUGAAUCAGAAUAGAAGGAGCAGAAUACAUUUUGAUGAAGUGUAAGAAAAUGAGAGAAGGUUUAUGGGUUAUAAAUACUUUCCCAGGCACUGUAUGAUCCACUUGCCCACUAGGAAUCACACUUUUGAAAACAAACAUUUCCUGUGUGACAACUGAUAGGAUAACUCUUGACGUUCUAGACAAGUUGAAGCACACAUAACAUGACUCGCCUUAGUGAUGCUGCAACUUUUAAAAAAAAACAUAGGUUAAAGUAUCCUGACACUACAGAUCACUGAGUUAGCACACCCUGGAUUAGGGGUGCAAGACAUUCCGUUGAGUUCACACGUUUCUGUUGCCUGCUCCUAUCUUAAGCCUUAAACUUAAUAAAACUGUUUCUGAACUCCAAAAGAUGCCAUAAAAACUGUGAACUGUCAUACACUAGACUUGUUUUGUUUGCAGUGUUUAUUCUGUACAAUCAGCCAAAGUGUAAGUGUACAGUGCCUUAGAAUGUACUCAUUACUUACUUCUGCUUAGGUCUAAAGUUGGUUUUGUGAGUGAGACGGGCAAAAAACAACAAUACGCUACUCCUACAAUGUCUUAAAUUACACUUCGUCAAAUCAGUGCACUCCUAGAAAUCCAGUUUUGUUUUUUUUAAGACGCAGUACACUUAAGUUCAGAUAGAUUUGUAAGCCAGGAGAAGAGUUCCUAAUCAUUUUCUAUGAGUGUAAUACAAACACAUAACAGCUGCCUUUCCUGUUGCAGAAGACCAAAAAGAAUCGCGAGAAUCUAUUGUAGUAUUCUGUUUGGUAGCGAGGAAGUGCCUUUGGUUUCAAAUUUCCAGCUUCAAAAAGAUUAAACAUGAAAAUAAAAAUAAAAAAAUCAAUGUUGCUAAACCAAAUACAGGACACAAGUGACACCAAUCACCACAUUGCCUUUUUUAAAGGACUGAGGACUGAUUGACAGCAGGAGAAAUAUAGACAAUGGAUAAAUAAUUCUUAAUUAGAAUAUUAAUCGGUUCAAAAAAAUGUUUGAAGAAAGUUGAUUUCCUCGCUUUAGACUUUCAUUUUUAGACCCCGCUGAAUGCAAGCAGAACGCAGAAACACCGAAGUGGUAUGUUUAGUGCACACUUGCAGGUUCAAGUGUUUGCAAGCAGUUUGUUAGAAAAACUGCAGUUGUCUUGUUGCAGUGACCGCUCUUUGAGACACGGGGAAUAUUUAAAAAAAAAAAAUUUAAGAAAAUGUUGGGUUUUUCUUUAGUGAUACAGACACAAUUGUGUGGCUCUUAUAUAAAAGUUUAUUUAACAGCAUGAAGUCUAAAAUCACAAACGGGACCGUUUUCUAGUUAAACUGGGAUUUGUGUCCAAACUUUUUUACAGCUGCUGCUGCAGUGUGAGUGGAUCAUCAAAGCUAAUACUUAGACUAUAACGAUCUUAACUACUUAAACAUUUUACAGUUUCUUACAGAGAUUUUAUUCAGUUGGAAGAACUUUAUUAAAUAAUUACAGACAAAAUCUCUGGUGGAUGCACUUAUUUAGCUCAGUAUUUUUUCAUGGAGCUGUAACAGCUUCUGUUUGUAUGUUUACCCUGUGUAUCUUUUCACAUCUAUUGAUCACACGCUGUAGUGACGUGUUUUUUGUUUUUUUUUUCUUAUUGUACCUGUAUGCUUUGUCCUGUGAUGACAUCGUCUGUAUGCUGAGGCUCAAUCUGAUGGUAAUGUUGUCACUGCUGCACUGCUGACAUAUAAGCACUAAAACCGCAGCACUUGAUGGUUCUGAUGGGACUAACGUCUGCUGGACUAUUUUUAAGGGAAAAUAGACAGACACGCAUAAAGAGCUACGUUCAAUCAUGCUACAAACAUAUCAGCAGUUUAGCUCUUAUUUGUAAUUUUGAUUUUCAGACGGGGUACUGGUACCUUUCUAUUGUGUGAUCAUCCCUGACGAUGAUGGCUUUAAAGUGAUUUUUGAAAUGGCUCACGUUCACUUACUUUGGUUUAUGUGUGCGGCUCUUUGUUGUUCUUUUGUGUAAAGGUGUUUUGUAUAAAAGUAUAUCUUAGCCUUUUCUUGGUACAGAUGUGUGAUAUGUUUUCCUACUCAUGAGCGUAAAGUGUCGGAGCAACGGAGAGGAAAGAAGCUGUGCUGUUUCUGUGUUCUUCUCAUGGUCUUGUCUUUGCUCCGUGACAUUAUGAUGCCUUCUUGACAACACUAGAUAUUUUGUAGCUUUCUAGAUACUUUCUAUGUAUGCAACAUCAAACUUUAAUAAAUCUAAAAGAAACAAUG